CUUCGGGCGAUACAAGACGCGACAGAAGCGAUCCUGGAGGCGGCGGUCUUGCUUCUCGCACAGUUUCAGCUCAAGGGACGGGUUGAGGUUGGCGGGUUCGGCAGCCGCACCUGAACCCCUUUGCGACUUCACACCAGAGGGUUUCUGUCGGGACAGAUCUGAAACUCCUCGACCAUGUUUGCUCUUGGACUCCUGUUGCUUGUUGUUUUUCACAGCGAAGCCUUCAGCACCAGUUUUCCUGAUGAAACCAUUGCAGAAUUUUCUGUAAAUGUUUACAAUCAGCUGCGAGCUACAGGAGAAGAUGAAAAUAUUAUUUUCUCCCCACUGGGAAUAGCAAUAACGAUGGGGAUGGUGGAGCUCGGUGCUCACGGUUCCACCCUGAAAGAAAUUCAGCAUUCCAUGGGCUAUGAAGGCUUGAAAAAUGGUGAAGAAUUUGCCUUCCUAAAAGAUCUUUCUGACAUGGCUGCUACUGAGGAUAGCCAUUACGUGAUGAAGCUUGCCAAUUCCCUUUAUGUGCAGAAUGGAUAUCACGUUAGUGAUAAAUUUGUGCAGCUGCUGAAAAAAUACUUUAAAGCUGAAGUUGAAGUUGUGGAUUUUAGUCAAAAUAUAGCUGUUGCGAGCUACAUCAAUAAAUGGGUGGAGAACCAUACCAACAAUAUGAUCAAAGAUUUUGUCUCGGCAAGGGAUUUCAGUGCUCUCACUCGCUUGGCUAUUGUCAAUGCAAUCUAUUUUAAGGGAAAUUGGAAGUCUCAGUUCAGACCAGAGAACACAAGAACCUUCUCCUUUACAAAGGAUGAUGAAAGUGAAGUACAAAUUCCCAUGAUGUAUCAGCAAGGAGAAUUUUAUUAUGGGGAAUUCAGUGAUGGAUCCAAUGAAGCAGGAGGCAUUUAUCAGGUCUUGGAAAUACCCUAUGAGGGAGAUGAGUUCAGCAUGAUGAUCGUUCUCUCCAGGCAGGAAGUACCUCUAGCUACACUGGAGCCUUUGGUCAAAGCCCAGCUGAUCGAGGAAUGGGCAACCUCUGUGAAGAAACAAAAGGUUGAGGUGUAUCUGCCAAGGUUCACAAUAGAACAGGAAAUUGAUCUGAAGGAUGCUUUGAAAGGGGUUGGAAUUACAGAAGUAUUCAGCCAAAGUGCUGAUCUCACUGCAAUGUCUGACAACAAAGAGCUUUACCUGUCAAAAGCAGUUCACAAAUCUAUCCUUGAAGUUAAUGAAGAAGGUUCGGAAGCUGCUGCUGCUUCAGGAAUGAUUGCAAUUAGUAGAAUGGCUGUGCUGUACCCCCAAAUUAUAGUGGAUCAUCCUUUCUUCUUUGUGGUUCGGAACAGAAUAACAGGUACCAUCAUUUUCAUGGGGAGAGUAAUGCACCCAGAAGCGAUGAAUCCAAGUGUGCAUGAUUUUGAAGAACUUUAAUAUCUCCACAGGUUUACCCACAUUCUCACAAAAGAAAACAAGCACACUGAGUUUGCAAUUGAUGUAUUUAAGGUUUUCCAUGUGGUGGUUUACUUUCUUUUUUUUAGUUCUCUCUUUUUUGCAAUGUUACCUUUGAGAUACUAUUUAAAAAGACAAACCGUUUCCAGGUCUAACUUCAGCUAUGAAAUUGCAGACCAUAGUUGUGGAAGGAAAGCUUUCAGUAUUAAAAUAUAUGUUGUUGUCUUCGUGAUUUAUUGUGUUGGUCCUUUAAAAUAAAAAUUUAAAAAUAUCCAUGCUAGUGACCAUCUUCUUGUCUUGGGAAUUAAUACCUAAUUGCCUCUCACAUGAAGCCAUUCCAAAUUUCUAUAGUAUAACAUAUUUAUGUACCAUUGGGAAUUAAUUAGUUAAUUAAUUGUUAAGGCUCUUUGAAGCCUAGAUAAUAAUCCCAAAAUGCUCAGAUUUUUGAAGAUGAGAGGGAAAAGUAUUGGGCAAUGUAUUGAGAACGCAUUCCAGAAGUGGGAAAAGCUUAGAUCAGUGUUUUUCAAUUUCAGCAACUUUAAGAUAGACUUCAAUUCCUAGAAUUCUUCAGAGAACCAUACAAACUGAGAAAUUCUGGGAGUUGAAGUCCACCCAGCAUAAAGUUGCUAGGGUUGAGAAAUAAUGGCCUAAAUAGAAAUUAGAUCGGCUGAAACUAGACCUAAUUUGGAUAUAUUUUAAUUUAGAUGUAAUUAAAUUUGAAUUAAGUAACUCUGGUCAAUAUGACCACUCCCCAUAUAUUGUGAGCAUUUCCCAGAGUGUCACAAUAAAAGGUACAAUUCAGCAUUGCUGUUAUUUUGUGACCUAGUACCAUAGCUAAAAUUCUAGACAUCUGCUACCUAAGCCGCUAUUUUCCAACUUGGACAACCUUCAGGAACGUGGACUUCAAUUUCCAGAAUUCCUCAGCAACUGCUGAGAACUCUGGAAGUUGAAUACCAUACAAAUAUAAGAUGCCCAAGUUGGUAAAUGCUAAUCUAACCCAUGGUAGAAAUAAUCCAUUACAUCUCUGUAUAGUCUACCACACUGUUUUAUCAUCUUCUAUGAUGUGUCAUCUACCACUAACUCCUAUGCAAAAGCUAGGGAAGUGAGGAAGGCUCCUUCAGAAAAAACAAGCAAGGUUCCCAAGAUUAAGCAGGGAAAAUACAGCACUGGAAGGUUUUGAGAAAGAAUUAUUCCAGAACCAAACUCUGUCUUGCUUCAGAAAAGGCAAGAGUUCCAGAAUAUGUGGGAAACCUACAGUGAUAUCUAAUCCCAAUGUAUUUAUAAAAGAUCAGGGGCAGAGGUCAUAUGAUGUGUUUAAAGUAGGAAAAGUGGCACAGUACUAUAGCAGUGCAUGAAGACAAUGAAUACUGCAUCUUUAAGUAACAGAAUUCCUAUGGACCAUUCUAGCCUUGUUUGUGUUUCCUAACAGUUGUCCCACUGCACCCCCUUUUUUUAAAUCAGCAGUUAAGACGCAGUUUGAGACCCAAGAAUUGCUUGACAGGCUGAGUUCCUGUUCCUGCUUGAGGUCCUGCCCACCUAGCAUGCAAAUGCAAGUAGACAAAUAGUUACCACUUUUGUGGGAACGUAACAGCGUUCCACGUACUCAUUGUAUUCUCAUGUGCCAGGCACAUGACCAUAGAAGCAUUUUGUGGACAAUGCUGGCUCCCCUGGCUAUGAAACAGAUGAGCACCACCUCCAAGUUAAUUCCAUGUUGUUGCCAAGAAGACAAUAUGGGCCAUUAUGCAAUCUCAAAGCCAAUUAUCAGUGAGUAAGAUUGAUGUGUGCCAAGAUAAAAAAAAAUUGCACUACUUAAAAAAAGAAAGGACGGUUUUAAAUGUGUUUAAAUGUAAAUUGCUGCUGUAAUGUAAAAAAAAAAAAGUGAUGUCCAUUUGAAACUGAGUAGCUGUCACUCACUCUAAAUGGCUGUACUUUGUAGUCAAUGGGGAUUGGGGAGUUAAUAAUUUAUCAAGAUUUCUUCCGGCAGGCAGAUUAGCAGGAAAUCAUGCAAUUCUCUGUGCAGCUCCUUGGAUUGUUCAUGAAAAACAGCAAAUGUUUUUGUGGCUAAAAUAGAUAAGAACCAUAUCAUCUGAAUCCAGUUAAAGAGAAUAAUGGUAAAAUCCCAUUCAAAGCACUGAGGCACCAAUAAAGGCUUUCUUGUUGCUUUGAUUUGAUUUUGAUAGGUUUGAUUCUAGUCUCUGACAAAUCUUUUUUGGCAAGAUGUCCAACACAAAUCUGCAUGUCCUUCCAUGCUGGUAGCUUUCCUUCAUGUACCUUUGAUCCCUUCCUGCCUCAAAAAUAGCUUUAUACUCAUAAAAAUGCAAUUGUAUUGAUGCUUCUACAGAUUAAAAGCACUUUAUUAAUAAAGCAUGGGGAAAAACAGCAUAGAUGGCAAUCCUGUGCGUGCUUCAUUAAGGAACAUUGUCAAGAUGUGUAGGAUUGUGACUCUGUAAUUGAAUUCUUUUCUCAUUCACUAAUAAUUAAUUCACUAAUUCUAUUGCUUUGACCUCAUUAAGGAAAAAGCAAAAGCUACUCCCAGGCAUUAAGUUGGUGCUUAGCUAAAGUGGAAUCGAUAAUUUUAAAAAAAUAAAGUGUGCUAUCUUUA